CAUGGAGUAGUGUUUUGUUUUGAAAGAAUUAACGCAUUAAAAUCUUAAUUUAUGAUGCUUGAUUGUAUUUAAUGUGUCGAUAUAUUGUCUUUCAUAUACCUUUCAAUGUUGUCAUUUGAUUUUCGUACAAGUUUGAAGCGUUGUUUGUUUUAAUUCCGAGAAAGUCACUAUAAAAGUCAGAUUAAAAGAAAGAAAUCAAGAUGGGGAAGAUGUUAUCAAAGAUAUUUGGUAAUAAGGAGAUGAGGAUUCUAAUGUUAGGAUUAGAUGCUGCAGGAAAAACCACUGUUUUAUAUAAAUUAAAAUUAGGUCAGCCAGUUACCACUAUACCAACAGUAGGUUUUAAUGUAGAAACAGUCACAUAUAAAAAUGUUAAAUUUAGUGUAUGGGAUGUUGGGGGACAAGACAAGAUUAGACCAUUAUGGAGACAUUAUUAUACUGGAACUCAAGGAUUAAUAUUUGUAUGUGAUACAGCUGAUAGAGAUAGAAUAGAUGAGGCAAGGAAUGAAUUACAUCGUAUUAUUAAUGAUAGAGAGAUGAGAGAUGUUAUUAUACUUGUCUUUGCUAACAAACAAGAUUUACCUGAUGCAAUGAAACCUCAUGAAGUAACAGAGAAGUUAGGAUUAACCAGGAUACGAGAUAGAAACUGGUAUGUUCAGCCAUCUUGUGCUACAACUGGAGAUGGUUUACACGAGGGCCUUACAUGGUUAACAUCUAACCAUAAAUCUUGACCUGUCUAUCUAGCACCUAACUUACUCUCUCGUUUUAGUUUAUUUCCAACAUUCACUAAGUGGAUAUUAUAACAAACUGUAU